GCUCGGAAAUGCAUUCAACGCUGUUAAUCGUCGCGUCAUUCGCGCUGUUAGCUUAUUGCGCAUGCGCACCCACAGAGGAGGUAAUACAGCACGUAUCCCCCCCAAAAGUUCAAACACCAUCAAAUACAGGAAAAGAUGGUGCCAACUCUGGUGCUGUGGGCGAAGAAUCAUCGGAGCCUAAGGAAUUAUUGAGAAACCGUCGUAGCAUUGGUGGCCAAGAGAGCGACUUGCUUCCGUCAGGCAGCGAAGUGGAUGCUGCACCUUUUGGAGGACCUUCCGCACUGCUAGGCCGUGGUCGUAUACGAGUCUUACCAGCUUUCCUUGGUUAAAAACGUCUGCUUUAAAAAAUAUUCAAAAACAAUUAUCAUUUUGAAUUAAUUUAUUCGAUUUGCGUAUUACAGUCUAGUUUAAAGUAUGAGCUUCAAUAUAUUGUUUAAACCUUUUAUGUAUAUAGUACUGUGAAAAUUUACCUAAAAUAAAUGCAUGUAUGA